AUGGCUUCCAUAUUUUUUAUUACCAUAGUUUGUGCCUUGUUGUGCAUUAGUGCAUGUGCGCCAUCAUCUGAAAGCAAUUUGCAAACCUAUAUAAUUCAUGUUGAAGAGCCCACCGCCCAUCUGCUCAAUGACUUACCGGCUUACUACGAAUCAUUCCUCCCUGUGGCGGACACAUUGAGCUCGGAGGCCCCACGGUCGCGCAUCAUUUACCCCUAUCGCUUCGUCCUCACCGGCUUCGCCGCCAGGCUGACGCAAAAUGAGGUCGAAGCAAUGAAAGAGAUGGAGGGUUUCAUAUCUGCGUGGCCCGACAGAAAGCUAUCCUUCCACACCACUCAUUCCCCUCAAUUCCUUGGCCUGAGUGCUUCAAACACGGGCCUGUGGAAACAGGCCGGUUAUGGCAAAGGCGUCGUCAUUGGAAUACUUGACUCCGGGAUAAAGCCUGACCACCCCUCGUUCAACGUCACUGGAAUGUCGUCCCCACCUUCCACAUGGAGGGGAAAGUGUGAGUUCCGCCACCCCUACCACUGCAACAAUAAGAUCAUCGGAGCACGUGAUUUCGUUGUACUAGACGAAAAUGAAAUCCGCAACCCACUUGACGAGGUUGGCCACGGCACUCACACCGCCAGCACGGCAGCCGGCAACUUUGUCGAUGGUGCAAACCUUUUCGGCAGUGCGGCUGGCACAGCCGCUGGCAUCGCUCCACAUGCCCACCUGGCCAUAUACAAAGUGUGUGACACAGACGGCUGCCCGUACACCAGCAUUGUUGCUGCCAUUGACGCUGCUGUGGAGGAUGGAGUGGACGUGCUCUCUAUUUCACUUGGCAAUCCAGCACCACUUCAAUUCUACGAGGACCCAGUGUUGAUAGCUUCUUUCAGAGUGAUGGAGCAUGGUAUCGUUGUCAGCUUCUCGGCGGGAAACCAUGGCCCUGAAUACUAUAAUGUAAUUAAUGGGGUGCCCUGGGCUCUCACUGUUGGCGCGAGUACUAUGGACAGGCAGUUGAGGGCAACUGUGGUGUUGCGAAACAAACCGAGCCUUUUGUUUAAUGGCGAGGCGGCCUAUCAACCAAAGGAUUUCCGGCAGGAAUUUCUGCCGCUUGUUUAUGCCACAAACUGCACAAGUGAUUAUUCAUUGAAGAGAAGCAAGGUCAAAGGGAAGAUAGUCGUUUGUGACUAUCACUAUGAUGACAAAGGUCCUGCAGAUUCGGUUAAAAGAGAGGGCGGUGCUGCCAUGAUCCUGGUUAAUGUGAAGGAGGUGGAGAACACUACAAUUGCAGUACAUGACUCCCUCCCAGCUGCAAACAUUGGAUAUGCAGAUGGUCUGGAGGUUAAAAGAUAUAUUAACUCGACGGUGGAACCCAAGGCCAAGAUAGUUUUCCAGGGUACCUUGCUUGGAGACGAUCGUGCACCAGAGGUUACUGCCUUUUCUUCCAGAGGACCCAACAUUGCAAGUCUUGGGAUUUUGAAGCCGGAUAUUCUAGGCCCAGGUGUAAAUAUCCUCGCGGCAUGGCCCACCUCUGUCGAAAACAAAACGAAUGUGAAAUCCACAUUCAAUGUGUUGUCUGGUACAUCCAUGUCGUGCCCGCACCUCAGUGGAGUGGCGGCGAUGCUCAAGAGCACACAUCCUGAUUGGUCACCCGCUGCAAUCAAGUCGGCCAUCUUAACUACCGCAGAUGUUGUGAAUCGUGCAGGGCAGCCGAUCGAGGACGCAAAUUCUCAAGAAGCCAGCAUCUUUGCCACUGGAUCAGGCCACGUCAACCCACAGGCGGCAAAUGAUCCAGGGCUCGUGUACGACAUUGAACCCAAAGAUUACAUCCCUUACUUGUGCGGUUUGAACUACACAAACAGACAAGUCCGUAGGUUUUGGAAGCACAGCAUGGUGGAUUGCUCGAAGGUUAGAAGCAUACCUGGAGCCCAGCUAAACUAUCCGUCGUUUGUCCUUAAUUUCACGGAGGGUAAGCCGGUUUCUCAAAAGUAUACUAGGACUGUAACAAACGUCGGCCCCCCUAAAUCAACUUACAGAGUGUUUGUUGUCCCCCCAGUUGGCAUCAAAGUUCUUGUCGAGCCCAAGACGCUCAACUUCUCAAAGCUGAACGAGAAAAGUCAGUAUCAGGUUACGUUUACACGGCUUGCGACCGCACCCAACAAGCCAUUUGUUCAAGGAUUUCUAAAAUGGUCUUAUUGUAAGUACACUGUUAGGAGCCCUAUUGCAGCUGUACUGGAAGGGCCGCAAUCAUGGAAUUAA